CCUUCUCCUGUCAUUCGCCUCCCUACUCUGGGAGUGUACACACUCUUGCAUUCUCCUUGUGCUUGUUCACACAUGCUCUGGUCUCCAUGCUGGACACAAACACACACACACACAAACUGCUCACACGCCUCCUCCUCUGAUUGUGUAUCUGUAUGCACAUCAAAGAAGAAGACGAAGCUACGGCGGGAUUUUUGCCCAGACAUGAUUUAGGAUUUUGACGAAGCAGUUUUGGAGGCGUUGGUGUUGCAUGUGAGCCUGAGUGGAGAGAAGAACAGAUUUUUCUUUUAAUCCUAAUUGUUUUUGAAGUUUUCUUUCUACGUUUUUGGUUGGUGCUCAGAUAUAGAAAAGUCACUUGUCUCAGACUUAAGGGACCGCUGCAACUGCCUCUGCUGAAGGUGACAACUAUCCUGACAGGAUGACAUGGCGUCCUCAGUACCGCAGCUCCAAAUUUCGCCACGUGUUUGGAAAGGCCGCCACCAAGGAGAACUGCUACGACAGCGUGCCGAUCACACGCAACGUCCAAGACAACAGCUUCUGUGCUGUCAAUCCACGUUUCCUGGCAGUCAUCACUGAAUGUGCAGGAGGAGGGGCCUUCCUGGUGCUGUCCAUCCAUCAUACAGGUAAAGUGGACCCUCACCAUCCCAGGAUCUCAGGCCAUAAAGGCAACGUGUUGGACAUCAAAUGGAAUCCCUUUAAUGACUUCUGCAUCGCCUCCGCCUCAGAGGACACACUGGUCAAAGUGUGGGAAAUCCCAUUCCCUGGUCUGCUGAAGAACCUCACCGUGCCGAUGAAAGAACUUCAGGGUCACAGUCGUAGAGUGAGUCUCAUCGAGUGGCACCCGACUGCUAACAACAUCCUGUUCAGUACGGGCUACGACUACCAGAUCAUGAUCUGGAACCUGGACUGUCCAGAACAGCUCAUCAAGAACCCGGUGAAGACCAUCAGCCACCACACAGACGUGGUCCUCUCCAUGUCCUUCAACACCGACUGCAGUCUCCUCGCCACCACCUGCAAAGACAGAAAGAUUAGACUGAUGGAGCCACGCUCUGGAAACCUGCUGCGGGAAGCCAACUGCAAGACACACAAAGCCAAUAAGGUGUUGGUGCUGGGUAACUUGAAGAUGCUCGUGACGUCAGGAACAUCGCGCUGGAAUGAGCGACAGGUGGCGUUGUGGGAUCAGGACGAUCUCUCUGUGCCUUUGAUGGAGGAGAACCUGGAUGGUUCCUCAGGAGCUCUCUUUCCUUUCUUUGACCCUGACACAAACAUGCUCUACCUUGCUGGGAAGGGCGAUGGGAACAUCAGAUACUAUGAAAUCAGCUCAGAGAAACCGUACUUCCACUACCUAACAGAGUACCGUUCGAUUGUACCUCAGAAAGGACUGGGUGUCAUGCCAAAGAGAGGCCUGGAUGUAACUUCCUGUGAGGUGUUCAGGUUCUACAAACUGGUGCCAUUCAAGGGUCUGAUUGAGCCGCUCUCCAUGAUUGUACCUCGCAGGUCAGAGUCAUACCAAGAAGACAUCUAUCCAAUGACACCUGGUUACAAACCUGCUUUGACUGCACACGAGUGGCUCAGUGGCCUCGACAAAGGCCCAGUGUUGAUGUCUCUGAAACCUGGAAGUCAAGUGGAAGAGUCGUCAUUAGAGAUGAACAAAGGACAUGGAAAUCCACUGGAGACUCGACGGUCCUUCAGCAGACCAGGAAUGCUGCAGCUAGCAUUUAUUCAGGACCAGCUGGGAACCAAAGACGGCAAUGAGGACGGGGACACGGGUCGACUGUCUGUUAGCAACGGAGAAGACCUUGCAUUCAGCUCACCUCCAAAGACGGAGAACGAGUUGCUACUCAGGUUCCACAAGCAGCAGGAGGAGAUCCGACGGCUGAGAGAGCUCCUCAGCCAGAGGGAUGUGCGCAUCAUGCACCUGGAGUUGGAGAUUAAGAAUGUCAAAAACUCCCAGUCUCAGGCUUCACUUUGAGACACGCCCAAACGGUGGAGUCGUUCUCUUCUCCUCACUGGAUAUUUUUCUGAUUAAACUUUCUGUCCAUUCUUUGGCAUGGCCACACUCUUUGUAGGGUCCAGACUCACGUCGUGCACACGGGUGAUUUAAACCCUUAAUUCAAUGGGUUUUUUUUAAACGUGGUAAUUACGUCAAUCCUACACCAGUUGCACAUAUUCCUGCUUCAUGCACAUACCUUACACUGAGAACACUGUCAUCACUAAAUGUAAAAGUCUCUGCACCUUCCCUCGCUUCUUUUGUACACUCCGUAGCUAUGCAAGUUGGAACAUUCUAGCCUUUAAUGCUUAUUGCUCAAAGAUACAGGGAUGUCGGUGCCUGUCGAUUGAAUAAUGUGACCGUUUGUCUGACGUUUUAGAGUUGUCGGCCUCCUGUGUGAUUGUAAUGAUAAUGCUUCUAUUUUGUUGUGAUUAUUUUUUAACUACUGUCAAAGAGAGAACGUGGUGUUGAGAGAAACGGUAGAGCCCAAACUCUGAGACCACACACACUCUCUCAGAGUAAAUGGACAAAACGGUCUCAGACUUUUAGCUCCGCUGUAGAUUCUCUGUGCUUGGAUGUGAAGAAAAGUUUAAAGUAAAUGACAGCAGAGUGACUGGAGCAGUUCUGAGCUUCACGUGCAUUUUUGGAACGACUGGAAAAUGCACCCAAACAUCAAUGUCUCGCAAAAUAUUUUGUGUUCGCCAAUUAUGCAUUUGAUGCCAUGUAGCAAGUUUGUAAUUUUAAUUUUUUUUUAAAUAUUUAUUUUACAAUACAAAUAAUGAAAAAUGCAUUUUAA